AAUAUAUUUAAACGAAUGGAAAAUGAUAGAAAUACGUUGGUAAAGAAGAGAAGCGGAGCGAGUAUAUGUGUGAAAAAUGCUUAUUCAGGUCGAAGAGUACGCCGCGGCAGGCCGCGGCUUGGAACGAGAGGUGGAAAGCAUGGAUCCCCAUCCGUGCAAGGUAAUUCGCCAUCGAGGAGCGAAUGGUUACCCUUGGACAUGAGAACUACUCCUCCUGCUGCGAUGCCUGCUUUCCGUGGUUUCGAGGAAUCCUCUUCCGAUGGCGUGGUGCAUCUGGGAGAGGGAAUAGCAAUUUGUGAGGAACAACUAAGGGCUGUGAAAUGGAGCGAUUACAGGAAAUUGACACGUGGCCUGGCUGCAAUUUUGUUCAGCCCUACCGAGUUGGCCACUUGCUCGGUAACGGGGCAACGAUGGAGUCGAGCUGGGACUGCCACUGAGAGACCGGUGAAACCUGCCUUGGAUAAAGCCAAAGUCCAGGCUAUUAUAUCUUACGUGACAUCGAGAUUUCCCACAGUCGAUGUAAGCAGUGUGAAACAAGUGUUGGCUUACAAAUGCAAGGAGAACUCGACAGCGCUCAAGAUGAAAUCUAUUAGAUACAUUUGUGAGAGACAGGAAACGGAAAGAUCACCAAGAGCGAAUCCCGAGGAUAAGUGAGAGGUGAUAGGGGCGCGUUGAACGAGAGCGGCCAUAUCUGAACAACUUCUCACCGUUCAAUUCAACUUCGAGCUCUUUUUGCGAUUUGCCACUGCUAAUCUUCUUGCUUCGUCCUCUCUCGGCUUCGUCGAACCUUCGAAUUAUUAUUCCCAUUCGAUUGGCUCGAUCCUCUCCCCCCCCCC